AUGGCGACCCAAGGAGGGCUGAACGUCGUCGCGCUGGUCUCCGGCGGCAAGGAUAGCUUCUUCUCCCUCCUCCACUGUCAGGCCAAUGGGCACCGUGUCGUGGCUCUAGCCAACCUGUAUCCUCCGGAGACGACACAAGCCAGCAGCACCGCAUCAACAUCCUCCGCGACAUCCCGGCAGCACAGCUCACCUGCGGGCCAUGAAGAUCAUGACCAUGGCCCUGCUAGCGGGCCUGUCGACGAGAUCGACUCGGAAGCCGAUCUAAAUAGCUUCAUGUACCAGACCGUCGGACACCAGGCGAUCCCACUUUAUGCUACGGCCACCGGACUACCUCUGUUCCGUCAGCCUAUUGCUGGCACUAUGGUCCAAUCUGGCAUCAGCUACUCCAGCCCUCAGCAGCCUUCCUCAUCAUCCACAGCGCCGACCAGGGCGGCAGCAGCAGGGGCGGCCCCGACUGACUCGAGUUCUGGCUCUGUGCCUGGCGGCGGGACUAAUCCCCAUGGUCACGGUUCUGACUUGGAGGACGAAACCGAGUCGCUGGUUCCAUUGUUGCGAGCCGUCAUCGCAGCUCAUCCUGAGGUCAAUGCUGUUUGCACCGGCGCCAUCCUCUCCACUUACCAGAGAACUCGCAUUGAGUCUGUCGCGCUGCGCUUGGGUCUCGUCCCGCUGGCCUACCUCUGGCAGUAUCCCGCUCUGCCCAUUCCGGCUCCUACCAGUCCCGCUUCAGCCUCUGCCGAUCUACUGAGCACGGUAGUAGCACGUGGACAUACUGGAAGCGAUGACGACGCUCAGCUUCUUCGGGACAUGGCAAGCGCAGGACUCGAGGCCCGUAUCGUCAAGGUGGCCAGCGCCGGGCUAGAUGAGGACUUCCUCUGGAGCAAUGUCGCUAGUGACGAUAGCAUCAAGCGCAUUAAGCGGGCUCUCAGGCGGUUUGGAGGGGGCGGUCGCGGAUCCGUGCUUGGUGAGGGCGGCGAGUUCGAGACCAUUGUAGUCAACGGGCCGCCGGCGCUUUUCAAAAGCAAGAUCGAGAUCUCUGAUGUUGACCGGAGGGUCGUGCGUGAGGGCGGGGGCAGCACAUGGCUCAGUAUACGCAAUGCUCAUGUCCAAGAGAAGACAGACUCUACUGAAACCGGAGGCUUACCUAAUGUCCGCAUACCGGAUCAACUCGACCCACGGUUUCAGCAUAUCUUGGACACCUUCACGACGGACAGUCUUCCCUUGCAUGAGGACAGGAGUGAGGCCAUACAACGAAUGCCAGGCAUUAGUCUCACAAAUUCACUUGCGACUUUGCAGCAUGAAUUCAUCGGCAUCGGUGACAAUAUCUAUGUCGAGCAGCAGACGAUAAAGUUGGUGGAUGAUAUUCGGGAUCAGGUUGAUCCACGGCUAAUCCUCAACACCGUCAUCGUUUUGAGACAAAUGUCUGACUUUCCAACAAUCAACAAGAUCUAUGGAGGUCUAUUUCCGGAGCCGAAUCCUCCAUCAAGAGUAACGAUUUCAUGUGGUAGUCUACUACCGGAAGGGUCAAAGAUAGCCAUAUUUGCUACGUCUCAGCCGGGACCCGCUCCGUCAGUCAGGCGUGGACUUCAUGUACAAUCCCGUUCGUACUGGGCACCGGCAAAUAUCGGGCCAUAUAGUCAAGCCAUCGUCUUUCCACAAGGCGCACCGCGGGGAGAUUCCGCUGUCAGUGACGGGACCGGUGGACCUCAAGUCGUCACUAUUGCCGGGCAAAUUCCUCUGAUACCGGCGUCUAUGGACCUUCCGCAGUCGCAUGAUUCAGUGCCUUUCCAGAUCACUCUAGCGUUACAACAUCUCUGGCGCGUCGGCGUCGAGUUACAGUCGCAGUGGUGGACGAGUGCCGUUGCUUACUUUCCCAGGACGCCAGCAAGCGAAGACAUGAAGCUGAAAGCCACCUUGGCGGCACGAGCAUGGAACUCUGCCCACACAUGGUCGAUUGGAGGCUCUGAUGAUGAAGAAGAAGACGAGAGUGGCCCUGAUCUAUGGGACCGGAGGUUCAACCCUGAGUACAUGUCGCUGGUCGGCGCCGAUGACACUGAAGCUACUCCUACGCUUCCCAAGUGGGAGACUCUCAACUGUUAUGACGAAGAUGACGAUGCUGCUGCCAGAGCUCAGAGGCCAGUGCCCUACAUGUUUGCUGUUGAAGUUGACGAGUUGCCUCGCUCCGCUGGAGUGGAAUGGCAUGCACACCGAGGUCUAGUGAAUGUGAGUCCAGGAUCGGUGCACGUUGUCAACUCUACACUGGCCGUUGAAGGCUCGAGUGCGCGUGUCGAACUUCAACAUGUGGUUGCCAAUUCUGCCAAAGAGAUCUAUGUCCACACUGUCGCAGCGAUGUCUCAUGACCCUGCACAAUCAACAGUUGGGCUUGAAGGCAUGAUUGAAGUUGUCAAUGGACUGGUAAAUACAUCUAUCAAGGCCGCGCUGGAGAGUUUCUCCGAGCUGCAGUUCGACUUGAUGCCUUACCUGGUCUACGUAGAUGCGCAGCGGAAUCCAGACUUGGAAAAGGCAUCACACAAUAAGGGCUGUCAAGCAAUUGUACCAUGUUUCUCAGUUUGGGACUCACGGGGCCAAGGCUUGGACGUAGCAAUGGUCUAUCAGGCACAUUUCACAAAGAGCCGCUAG